CCCUGUGGCAGGUGAUCUUAAGACCCUUUUGCAGGACUUGGAGACCCGGAGCUUCUCCGAGGUGUCUCCAAUCCCUGCGGCAGGUGGCCUCAAGGCCAUUCUGCAGGACUUAGGGCCCGGAGUUUCUCCGAGGUUCUCUUUCUCUCUUGCAGGUGCCCUGGACACCAGACUGUGGCAUGGCAGGGAGACGCUUCAACCUGCUCAGGCUGUUCCGGAGGAAGAAGGAGGAGGAAAGCCCUGGGGCUGCUCCAGCACAGCAGCCUGAAGAGGUGCAGCAGGUGCAGCCCCCGCAGGAGGAUGCAGGCCAGGAGCAGACAGAAGAGCAGCUCCGUGCCUGUGGCCGCUUCCGCAGGGCAGCACAGGUACCUGCAGCCAUCCCCGCCUGGGCUGGGCCUGCUCUCACUGCUCAGCCCAGCACCGCUGUCGCGGCCCUCCAGGGGACAUCCCUCUCUUCCCUGCCCUUCUUUCUCCUGCAGACAUUUAUGAAAUUCAUGGGCAGUCGGCGUAGAAAGGCCAGGAUCACACCAGCUGAUGUCCAGGCCCAGCCUGACACCAUCCCGACCCAGCUGACAAAGCCUGAUGUCAGCACCGCGUCGACUGCUGUCCCAGCAAAGUGUGACAGCGCAACCAGUGAUCACACAACCCACUGGGACACCACGUCCACCGAUGACGUGUCACACUGUGACUCUGUGCUGCCUGGUCUCACGGAGGAGGCCGACGCCACAACGACGGAGGGCGUGGCGAGCACUGACGCCGCGCCUGUUCAGCGCCUGGCCGAUACCCCCAACCUGGAGUUUCUUGAGGAGAGAGCUGUCUCUGCUGAAAUAGCCAUAACACCAGACGGAGACAUGCAGCAGAGACCCCCCACGGUGCCCAAGCUGGCCUGGGUGAAGGAGGAGGAGAAGGAGGAAAGCCCUAGGGCUGGUCCAACACAGCAGCCUGAAGAGGUGCAGCAGGUGCAGCCCCCGCAGGAGGAUGCAGGCCAGGAGCGGACAGAAGAGCAGCUCCGUGCCCGUGGCCGCUUCCGCAGGGCAGCACAGCUGGUUUGCAGAUUCAUCAGGUGCAUUUGGCAUGAAGAGGCCACUUUCAUGGCCACUGGGGACACGGCAAACUCGGACCUCUUCAAUGCCCAGACCAGCGCUGCCCUGCUGGAUUUGCUUGUGGAGAACGGUGUCUACAAAGCAAAGCAAGUAAGCAGCCUGUGGCCAGGGCUCCAGUCCCCCAGGGAUGCUGUGGCCCCUCACGUCGGCUGCGCUGGGCCCCCUCAGCCUUUGAGACCAGUGCCGGCCACAGUCAGGUGCAUCCAUCAGUGGCUCACGUCCAAUGUGUCUGCUGAGCACAGGCUGGACAAGACUCUUGUCCUGCUGACCCAGGCACACCCCACGGAUGUUGCAGUGACCCUGCUGCGCUCUGCCCCAGCCUGUGACAGGUUUGCAGUGCAGACUGUUAAAGCCCUGCUGCGCCAGCUGCUGGAUGAGGACCUGUUGAUGGUGAUCGGUCGCAAGUGUGGCUGGGACAUGCUCCUCAAGGCUGACAGCCACCACUAUGCAGUGGGUCUGCUGGCCAGGGAGCUGUGCCGUGUCUCCCGCUCCUUCUGCUGCAGCAUCGCCAUCAGCCUGCUCCCGCGGCUCAGCAGGGGAGAGCCCCUGUGGGAACUGCCUGCCCUGGCGUUCCUGGUGGAGGUCCUGCACUGCCUGAACCCCAGACAAUAUGGGCCCAGCGUCCUGCAGAUUAUUUCCAGGCACCUGCGCAGUCAGUGCCCGGAGAGGCGUCGCCUGGCGCUCCGAGGCCUGGUGGUGCUCAGCAAGGCUCCCUCAAUUGCUAAGAGCAUCCGGAGCCUGAAUGAAAGCCUCCUGGAGCUACUGCAGGAUGCAGACACAGAUACAAUUCAGAUGACCCUCUCUGUGUUCAUCAAUGUGCUGGGCUUGAAAAUCAUCCAAAUAUCCACCCCUACUGCCCUGAAGUUGCUUGAGGUGCUGCGGCCACUCUUUGACAACGAGCACAGCCAGCUGCAGCAGCUCUCCAUGCUCCUCUUCCGGGAGCUGAUGGAAGCGACAGAGAGGAGCAAGAGCCUAAAGCCACACGUGUACCUGAGUCUGGUGCCAUUCUACUUCAAGUGGCACGAUGAGAACCAGCGUGUGGCAGAGGCCUCUCGGAGAGCACUGUUUGGUGCAACCAGGUUCCUGAAGUGGAGGGAUCUUGAGAACCUGGUGACCAUGGAGCAGCCGUGGAGGUUUCCUGAGUGCCUGCUGGAAAAGGACAGGAGCCGAGUGGGCCAGUACGUGCGCCAGGCCCUGCCGUUCCUGGAGAGCCCAGAGGAGCCCCUGCGAAAGCUGGCCAUCAAGUUUCUGGGGAUCGCCGCCAGGUCCAUGAAGCAGGAGCAGCCAGAGCUGCAGCUCAUCUGCCAAGCCCUUCAAGACAUGACUGAUGACAGCCCUGCCGUCUCAAACCUGGCCAUUGAAACGCUCCACAUCAUCAGAGCUCCUGUAGAGGCAUGA